GUAUACUGCAGAUUUUAUGGCGGAAUCCGUGUUUCAGUUGCGAACGUUUGGCGUCCCGGCGGCAACAAUCUUCGAAAGCCGACUCGGAAAAGCAAAUUUAAUCAUCCGCCAUCAUGAAGCUAGUUAGAUUUCUUAUGAAACUCAGUCAUGAAACUGUGACAAUUGAACUUAAAAAUGGCACACAAGUCCAAGGCACUAUUACAGGUGUGGACGUAGCAAUGAACACACACCUGAAAAGUGUGAAAAUGACUCUAAAGAACCAUGAACCAGUCAGCUAUGACACCCUCACCAUCCGAGGAAACAAUAUUCGUUACUUCAUUUUGCCUGAAUCUUUGCCUCUUGAAAACUUGCUCAUUGAUGAUGGGCCCAGAGCCAGAAGGGGCAGAUCAGAUCGUGGACGUGGACCAGGAGGUCGUGGUCGAGGACGUGGUGGACGAGGACGUGGUCGAGGAGGACCCCGUGGCAGAGGCCGAGGAGGACCACGGCGUUAGAUACCCUGAUAAAUUUUUUGAAUGUGUUAUUUGUACAAAAUAUUUGGAACUGAAUAAUUAAUUUUAUUUACCAAAGUGGAUAAUCAGUUUAUUUAUGGUUUUCUCUAGUAUGCAGCCUUCCCUGCAGAGUAAAUUUAAAUUGUCUGUAUAGGAAAAAAAAAAUUUAACUGGAGAAAUGUAUUAUUUUUUUUUAUAAAAAGUCAAGCAACUUGUGUUGCAAGGAAGAACAUUUUUUUAAAGUAAAUUUAUUUUUGUUCUGAUCACCCCAGUCUCUGCAGGUAUAUUUCUACUCCAUAGAAGAGGGAGCAGACAAUAUAUCCUUCCAUACCUAAGUUUCAGUAACAUGAAUGUAACUGUAUUUCGUAAGAAUAAAUAGUUAUAAGGUUUUCUAUUA